AUGUCAUUUCGACCCAUGAACUCCAACAAUCCUAAUCUCACAAACAUCAUCCGUGAUGAAACCUCUCUUCCCAAAAUCAACAUCAUGACCUACAAUGUAAAUUUUGGAGGUGUUUCAUGGAACGGAGAGACAAAUCUCGGAGGAUACCGAGCCCUUCAAAUCAUUCAUGAACACUCUCACGAAUUGGACAUUGUCUGUUUGCAAGAAACUCAUCAAGGCUGGGAAUUUGCAUUGAAUCAUUUCAAACCCUCGGAAAACAUGUAUCAUGAAGGACUUCAUUCAAAGAACAAAGCCUCCUCUCUCCGAGCCAACUUUCCCCAUCAAUUCUGGGACCACUCCAAAACCGAUCAGUAUUUAGCAAGUGGAAGUGCAGUGUUAGCGACCAAAGAUUUUGAUCUUCAGGUUCAAAUGCUGGAGAGUGGAGUCAAAGGCUCUUUUUUUGAUGCCAUGCAUAUUGUUGUAACGGAUUUACGUUCAUCGACGACCAAGACAAAGACCAGAUAUGAAUCAUCUCUCUCUAUUAUUAUUGAUGAAGAGAAAAAUCAGAAGAAGAAAAAGAAGGAAUAA